AUGUACCCUAUUCUUAAACCUGAUACUGCUCCGGAGUUGAAUCUUGAUGUUUUGCUCAGUGUGGCUGAAAAGCUACUUUUCUCUCCAGAUAACGAUUUUCGUUUGGAUCUGAGGGACCCUAAUGCAGAUGUCAUCAACUUCAUGGUUUUAUUUUUUAAUGUUAAGAUUUGA